GAACCUUAGUUGUUCGUGCAUCAGCAGAGUGACAGCACGUGAUGCCGGAGUUGGGUGCCACUGACUCGGACAAGAAGAAGGGACGUAGGACUGUAGGCCGCCCCAGGAUGCUGCGGUUCGCCGUUGAAGAGCCGCUGUCGCCGCGCACCCUGGGCGUUCCGUCCCGUUUUGGCUCGCAGUACCCUCCCGUUCCUUUGACGCGAAAUGAUCGAUCAGAGAAUGACCUGGACUGUUUCGCCGAAGGAGUGACUUCGGUGGAGCACAGCUGGAUUGACGGGCGGGAGUUACCUCACAGAAUUUUUGUCAAUCGGAGUCUGCAUCUGGAAAACAUAAAGUUCUAUGGCUUCGAUAUGGAUUAUACGUUAGCGGAGUACAAGUCCCCGCAGUACGAGAGGCUGGGCUUCAACCUGGUGAAGGAGCGACUGGUGUCCUUGGGUUACCCACAAGAAAUCCUUGAGUUUGAAUAUGAUCCAUCGUUCCCUGUGAGAGGUCUGUGGUUUGAUUCUCUGUAUGGAAAUUUGCUCAAAGUUGAUGCGUACGGUAAUAUUCUUGUUUGUGUCCAUGGAUUUGAGUUCCUGAAACAUUCACAAGUGUAUGAAUUGUACCCAAACAAGUUCCAGCAGUUGGACGAAUCGCGAGUGUACGUUCUCAACACCUUGUUUAAUUUGCCCGAGACUUAUCUUCUGGCAUGUCUCAUAGAUUUCUUCACAAACUCACCGCAGUACAGCAGGGAUAAAACUGGAGUGAGGGGCGGGGAAUUGUUCAUGUCCUUCAAGUCCAUCUUGCAGGAUGUUCGUAAUGCAGUGGACUGGGUGCACAUCCAGGGAGAUCUAAAAUCUCGAACAAUAAAGAACUUGGACGAAUAUGUGAAGAAAGAUGAAAGGUUGCCUAUGUUUCUGACAAGAAUCAGAGAGAGUGGAGCUAAGGUGUUUCUCCUUACCAACAGCGAUUACUGCUUCACUGACAAAAUAAUGACAUACUUAUUUGACUUCCUUCAUGGUGCCAGGGCAGAUGAACCUCAUCGUGACUGGAAAACGUACUUCGACACAAUUGUCGUAGAUGCCCGAAAGCCCCUGUUCUUUGGUGAGGGGACAAUCCUUCGUCAAGUGAAUACAAGCACGGGAGCACUCAAAAUCGGUACUCACAUGGGCCCACUGCAGAAGGGACAAGUGUAUUCUGGUGGUUCGUGUGAUGUUUUCACUCAGCUCAUCGGUGCAAAGGGGAAAGAUGUGUUAUAUAUUGGAGACCACAUCUUUGGCGACAUUCUGAAAUCAAAGAAAAUUUGCGGAUGGCGCACAUUUCUGAUUGUACCAGAGCUAGUGCAGGAACUCCACGUCUGGACGGACAAGUGUCAACUGUUUGCCGAACUGCAGGAUCUUGACAUUAUGCUAGGGGAGAUGUACAAAAACUUGGACAGUAGUACAAAGGAGAAGCCAGACAUCUCAAAGCUGAGAAAUGCAAUUCGGGAUGUGACCCACAAGAUGGAUCUGGCAUAUGGAAUGAUGGGAAGUUUAUUUCGGAGUGGAUCUCGCCAGACAUUUUUCUCAUCUCAGGUGGUGCGGUAUGCCGACUUGUAUGCGGCCACCUUCCACAACCUCAUUUACUAUCCGUUCAGUUACAUGUUCCGUGCCCCUGCCAUGUUGAUGCCACAUGAAUCAACAGUGGCUCACGAGCAGAGGUUUGUGAUGGAAAGUCCUAUGAUAUCACGAACGCGCACUUUCACAGUCAUUGACGAUGAGAAUUCAUCGGAAAAUAAUGUUAAUCAUCACCAUUUACUGGAACGGUCCCAUAGCCAAGUACCACACACACGACCGGAGACACCACGGUGCGUGACCCACAAUCAUGACGAGGAUUAUUCGGAUGAAGAGACGGACAGCAAGUCCUCAGAGGAGAAGGCUGGAUGAAUAAGCAGGAUAUAGUCUGGAGAUAAUUUCAAGUGAAUAUUUUUGUCUUUGAGGCGAAGCUGAACAGUCACAGCAAGUCAUUUGGGAACAAACCUCAACUGUUAACAUUUAACACUGAUCAACAAAAGAAGAUGGAUGGAAGAAAGAAAUUGGGAGAAAGCUGAAGGAAAAAGUAAGAACCAUAUUUGAUAUACCAAGUUGAAAUGGAUAAUGUGAUGAGAACUCAACAAGUACUGUAAUUGAAUUUGUACUUAGAUUAUGGGGAUGGGGAUGUGCUGGAGAAAAUGUGUCCAUUGAAAUUGAAAUUUUAUUAACGGGUUUUAUAUAUGUGAACAGUGUGGUGCAUUAGCACUUAAAACUGAAAUAGGGUGGACCGUUCAUGUUUGCUGUUAAUCUCGUCCAAUUUUUCACUCCUAAAUCCCAAAAAUGAGGUGGAAGGAGAGGAGAACAAUAAAAAGGAGUACAGAAAAUGGAAGAGAGUACCUCAGCAGGGUUGGCAAGUGAAAUUAUUAGAGUCUGGUUUGUCUGCAGCAGUUUUUAAAGCUCAGUGCUCAUUGACUUCGAAAGUCUGAGAAAAACUGGUUAGAAUACACACGACUUACUUAUUUCUUUUAAGGAGGUUUGUUUUGCCGUGGUAAUACACCAUAUAGUCAUUUAUGAGCCGUUUAUGAAGAUCAUACACUGAAAGAGAUGAAAGUGCAGCUUUCAGUGUUCUUCGCUGGGUUGAAGUGUGACUCUCACUGGCAGCUGAUCUCUUUAACAUUUUGCCUGUUGAGUAAAUCAUAUAAUAUAAAAAUAUAUAUAUAUUCACAGUAUGGUUUUCAUGAUAUUCCCUCCCUGCCGUGAGGCAGUUGCUGGGAUGGCUGCUUAAAACAGGUUACGGUUGCUUCCGUAUUCUUCCUCAAACAGCAUUGUUAAAUAAACAAAUACAGUUUGCAGUCCAUUCAUAAUGGAUGGCAAUCAACACUUAAUGGGCAAUUUUGUAAUACUGUAAAAAUCUGAAUAGUGACCAGUACUACAAUUUAAACUCCUGCGUGAAACCGUGUUUACAGCCCCAUAAUGUAAUACUUAUGAUAUAAGUCCACGAAGUAGAAUCCUCCUUCAGAAGCUAAUAGUUAAUCAAUUAGAGAGACUAAAGAAAACUAUUAUACUUCCUGUGUUACCAUUUAAGCUAAUCUGUUUGGUCUUACAUGCCUUCAUGGUUUGCUGCUUAGGCAGAGAUACAGCUUCAUCUGUAUUUGUUACGUAAUGCUCUGAUUUAAUUUGCCAGUCUCGUGUCUGGCUUCUGUUCAGGGACAAGUGCUUUGAGGAUUUCCUUAAUUUAAUGGAUAAUAAAAAUAUAUGUGAAAUCUA